AUGGAGCAGGAGUACACAGAUUAUCGUAUGAGAAGCCGUAUUACUACCACCACGGUCAAUCCAAACCCUAAUAACCAACAGCAACAACAGAAUAAAUUCAAAAGCAAAAUCGACAUCCAAUUCAGAUACGGCAGGAUUCUUCAACUCUAUGAAAUCUUACCAUCGGAUGAAUUUGCAGAUUCGACAACGUUUUAUAUACGAGAAACCCGUUCAUGGCGUCCUCAUACGAUCCGAAUGAGUGUUACGAGUAUCGGUUCGUUACUGAUCGAUGAAGAACCCACCAUGAGACUGGCGAUGGAGUUCUUGCUUCGUAUGGAAAUUCUUCAAGAAAAACGAAAAACGAUCGUAGAGGAUGUGCGCGCUGAGAUUAGAAAGCUGGCAGGCCAUACAACAAGGAAUACCUUUGGUACUCUUUAUGUUGAUAUAGAUGUUGUGAAGUGGGAACCGUACAAUGAAGAUGUUAUGAGAGCUGCGAUGGAGUCCAUGGAAGUUGAUAUUGAUCAUACAGUUCCGGCAAGCGAAUUGUCGGUUGCGGGUUUGGAAAGAUUUGUGAUUAAUGAUGAGAAUUUGGAAGAGAAGAAGUGUGUAAUUUGCUUGGAGGAGAUGGAGAUGGGGAUGGAAGCGAUUCGGAUGCCGUGCUCGCAUUUUUAUCAUCAAGAUUGCAUUGUUCAGUGGCUUCAUAAGAGUCACUUGUGUCCUCUUUGUCGCUAUAAAAUGCCUGUAGAAAAAGAAUAG